UACUCUGAACGAUUCAAAAGUCAAAUCGAGGAACGUACUCUAAACAAACAUGUAAACAAGUGCAUUGAACUCUGCUUUGGCAAAGAAAUGCGCUUAACAGAAGUAGGAAGUGUUACAUCAAGGAGCGAAAAACGAUAA